AUGGAUGUUACCACUUUAGACCAUAGAAUCCAUAAGAUUCUGCGAGAUCAUUGCGACGUUCCCCGAGUGCUGUUCAUUACGGAAGAGCCCAUUCUCUUGCCGCGACAUGGCACCCGCAAGCACGUUCUUCUUGCGUCAACCAAGUUCUACACCUAUCUUAUCAAGAAAAAAGGGUAUCAUCUAUACUACCGCUGGUCCAAUCGUACGCUGCUUGUUGAGGCAAGGCAAAAAAAGAUUAUGCUCUCCUCGACGAUUUCAAAAUCGUCCACCACAAAUGGAGCUGCACGAGAUAGCAGGGUCGUCAGCGACGCUGGUGCCUCCAAAGCGACGGAUGAAGACGACUUCAGUCAGGUUACCCUUGAGGCCAACUCUUCUUUCGACGCAAAUGCGAUAUCUGACAAGAUCAACCUCCUCGUGCGCAACGCACAGCGCAUGGGUGCAUUGUUAGAGCUCGAAGAGAUCGGCACGGCCUCGAGGACGAGCUGGGAAAUCGGGGGCAAAAGAACCACAGACGAUGAGGGCGCCGAUGGGGAUUCGGAGUCCUCCGGCAGUGAAGCAGACGACGUGGCGCUAGCGGUUGUACCUCGAACCGUUAACGAAACUAAAAAAACGUACACCAAUUCAUCGGCAUUGAUUACGGGAGAGGACGGCCAGGGGUUGCUACAGAUAGCCCCUUCGCGCUACAUUUCCGUCAUGUCUCUGGUGGAUGGCGAGUUUGUGGAUUACACAACACUCAAAAAUGCAUACCUCCGCCACGAAGACGAAAGUCUGCUCAACGAUCUCUCCGUUUUCAUCAAGCAAAAUGAACGCCAGGUGGAGGUUUUGUGUGAGCAUCACUACCCUGCUCUUAUCAACGUCGCGCAGAAGUGUUUGACCAUUUCCGAGAAGGACGCCCAACGCGUCGGUGAGGAACUUAGCGGCUCCACCGCUCUGGUGCGUUCGGCCGUGGUGAACAUCAAGCAGGCCGCCUCUAACCUCCUUCAAUGUCAGAGCUCCCGGGAUAAUUUGAUCAGCGUGCGCGAUCUCCUGCGGAAAUCGAUCGCCGUGGUGGAGUACCUAGAGACCGUUGAAACCCAAUUGCAGAAGCAGCAGCUCAUCGGGACGCUUGGAUCUCUGCGUGAGUUGGUGCGGCUGGCCGCGCCGAUGGCGGAAUCUACGCUCGGGGAGUACGUUUUACAAAUCCGUGUUCCCGCUAUCAUGCAAGCGGUUUUCACGUACGCCAUCCAGCACCUUAACGUGUGGCUGAAGCUGCUUAAUGAUCAGGCAAGCCUCGUGGGUGGGGCGGCCUUUUCCUGGGGUGGAUGCAUCACCGCGGGGUCGUUCACGAAGAAGAUUGUGUUUUUCCCACAGGAAAACAAAUGGGGUCUGACCGAAAACUACCAGAAUGCCUCGAUGGUAUCCGAGACGUUUGACCAGGGAGAAGCCAUUGCCAAAAUUGUGAGUGGGGCCUCUAUCCAGAGCGUCUUCCACGAGCUUCGGCGGGGGGAUUACUUUUGUAAAUACUACACGGAUGGCCGUGCCCAACAAGCGAGGGCCAGCAUCCUGGAGUUCCAUCUGGCGGUGGAAAACACCCCUGGGGAGGAGCUUGUCAAGAAUUUCACCACCUACUGCGCAACGGCGCUGGGAUUUAUGCUUAUUGAGGAUGUCGUUUGGCAUGCCACCGCACCAUCCCCUUUGUCGAGCUCCGAAGUUUUGAAGAUGUGGGAUCGUGUGGCCUCCGCUAUAGCGGAUCGCGUGUGGACAGUAUCAAGGACCCUUUCCACGGACCCAUCCUACUCCGAACGGAUGGUUGAGGUGUUCAACAUCCUUCGUCGCCUUAUUCAGAUCUCCAGCGCAACCGUGAAGUGUGUCGAGUUAAAUUCACUGGUGCUAUUCCGUGUGGUGGAAUCCAUCACGGACCAACUCACUAGUAGCUGGCUGCAGGACGCGUGUUUAGAGGGCUCACAAAUUAUUCUGAUGGAUUCCUUGACACCCCUCACCGUUAGCGAUGCCUCGCAGUUUGAGUCCUACGUGAGCCGAUUCUACCUGAACACGUGCUCUUCGCUGGAGCUGCCCGUUCCGAAGACUUACACAUCGGGGCUCUUGAAGUUGCCUUAUAGCCUCCUCGUACCCUCAAUCGGAAAUGUAGCUCUCAAGUUCAUCUCCCAGUGCUACUCGGUUGUGGUGGUGGACCCUUUUUCAUCAAUCCGGCAGUCUGAGCUGAACAAUGUUGAUGAAAUGCUGCUAAAGUAUAUAUCGGUCUUAUUUCGCACCGUGGCAGAGUUUCUGCUGCAACGCAUCAUGACCAUCCACUCACGCUCAGUUUUGGAGUUCGCAACGCUGGUGUCGUCAUGUGCAGCCAUCCCAGUGCUCGUCUCAUGUGUUGAGCAAGAGUUUAUGCUUCACUGGGCGGGUGGUGAUAGCCAAAACGAGGAGCAGACUAUGGGAUCGCCACAGUUGCUGGCGGAGUGCGCCGCGUUCUUCUCAACACCUCUCCAGAAAGGGAUUGAAAUGCUUUUAGGCGCCUUCAUUGCUGAGGUCGAGGAUCGCCUGAAACCUACCUUCUCCUAUACCUACUGGAAAACGCAGCUGAAAGGGCAUACAAGGUUUCAACUCAAGGACGGCACCGUGACCGAUGAAGGGUUCGCGGCCGCGAUGGAGUAUAUCUUCCGACUCAUCCCUCAGCUCAACGAGAUUCUUCAGUACACCGUUGCGAGGAGCGUGUGUGGGACGACCGUUUCGCAUGCCAUUCUUCGGAUGCAGUCCAGCAUCCAGGAUGCCCUCAAAAACGCGUAUGAAGGAGAUGAACGAGAUUUCGCACAGAUGCGGGAGUGCGUCAAGGAGUUUGAUACCCAGUGCACCUUGCUCAUUCCAUUAUGGCAAAAACGACUCAGCGAGGUGAUGCCAGAACUUCCCGCGGCGAAGCACUUUCCUUUGCAACUCAGCAGUGCCGUUUCCGAUCUGAACAAUUGGAUUGAUGUAAAAGAGGCUGAGAACGCCGCGGAGAGGGUUGUCCAUCCGAAUUUUUUAGCUAGCCUCGAGGUAACCAGUAGGGUGGUGAAGGGUUUUAAGGCAAUGGGCAGCACCGUUACCGCCAGAGCGAGCGUCUUUUCGAAAAGGGACUAG